AUGGGUGAGGGUGAUGAAGGCGGAGCCGACAAGGCCGAUGCGGCAAAAGGACCUAAAGAGAAGGAAAAAUCUGUGAUGGCUCAGCCGAAGGAAUCAGAUGAGAAACCAAAAGGGACAGCACCGGAUGAUGGAAAGGCAACAACCCCACCUGUGAAGGGCACCGAAAACGAACCUGCGAAAGCUGAUCAAAGCCCCGCCGUGCUCAACAAAAACCCUGAUCCCAAAGAGAAACAACGAAUUGUGGUUUUCAAAGUGACACCCGAGAGGAAACCAGUAUGGAGUGAGAUUAAAAUACAAAAUCCUAGCAACGACCAGAAGACAUUUAAGAAUGGAAAUACCAGGGGAUUCCAGGUGAAAUGUACCUCCGCGGAUUUCUUUCGGGUCCAACCGCCGCUUGGUCUCAUCAAGGCUAAUGAUACGGCACGGAUUCGAGUAUGGUUCCAGAAGCAUUAUUUCGCUGUUUAUUAUAUGAACUCAACCCAAGGCAAGACGGUUAAGGACAUGUGGACUAGGGACGCAAAGCAUGAAGGUAAGCCCAUACAGUCCAAGUUCGAGGCUGGCUGCAUUUUGGUGAACACCCACUAA